AUGCCAGCAGCGCGUUCCCGUCCCAGUGGAUACAGGUCUACAGAACAUGCCUCAGCCGCGCUGCUCCCUGUGCCACCGACCCUCUCCGCCUCCCAUACCACCGCCCUUCAGCAGCCCCAGAAGCCCGUGACCCGCCGAGACGACGCAGAGAGGAGCUCCCGGGGCCCUACGGAACACACAGCCACGCCGCCCCACGUCGGGCAGCCGCCCAGCUCGCCUCACCGAGCACAGGCCCCACAAGGAGCCACAUCGGCCGCCUCGGCCUCCCCCGCACCGCUGCCUCGGAUCGGUACGGCAGGUCAGCCGCCACGGGGAAAGCUGGCCGCCGACAGAGGAGCACAACGGGCAGGAAGCGACCCCGUGCCGCCACUACUGCCCCGCUCCAGCAGCAGCCACCCCGCCGCUCCGCGCCUCUCGGCCGGGAAACGCCCCUUGAACUUUCCCAGCCGCGCCCUGGAGGCAUCCGGGCACCGGGCCCUCGGCGAAGCGCUCAUGCCGCAAGGCCCGCGAAGCGGUUACGGCUCCUCAGGCCCGCCUCGCUGGGGCGAGGGGCGGCACCCCUGCCCCGAUCACUCCCUCCCUUGCCUUCCUCGGUGGUGCCAGCCGUCGCCCCGUCGCGUCCACAGCCUAGGCCCCGAGCCCGAGCCCGAGCCGCAUCCCGCUCCGCCCCGUUCCCGCCCCCUCCCUCCUCCCGGCUCGGCUGAUCCGCUUCCCGUCAGAGACCCGCCGGCCUGGGCUGCCGAUGAGUUUCCGGGUCGCCGGUUGUUGACCGCGGGCGAGGAAAGAGGAAGAGAGACCAAGCUGCAGGCCAGGUCGGGAGCGUAA